AAGUGUCUAGUUUUCCAUAUUCAUAUAAACAAUGUCGUUCAGUUCUCAUUAUUCAAAGCUCUCUAUACUCGCCGAGUCCGGCAAGCUAGUUUAUAUGCCGCUCAGUUUUCUUGUGGAUGCAGAGCAGAGCACAGAUCUCCGAAUGGAUGCGCAUUUGUUUGUCGCGCUGCUUUUAGCGCUCGUCUGGACGAGCAGUGCUCAAUCUCUACGCACACAGGCAGCUAUGAAGGACUUUAAGUGCGAACACGGCGUUCCAGGACUUCCUCUUAAUUUAACUGCAAUGUCGGGUUAUUGGUACGAGGCAGGACGCGCACCCAAAGUUAAUGUUUUGAAAUGCUUGAAUGUCUCGGUGCCAGCAACUGUGGAUGUAAAACUAGAACUGAAGUUGGAAUACAUAAGCACCAUAUCUGAUGAAAUUCGUGCUGUUAAGGAGACGAUUUCAUUUCCCUGGGAUGAGUUAACGAAAAACAGCAUUUUUGUGUUGAACUAUGGCGACCCAUCCAAAUUGCCCAUCUCAGUCACCUACAAAGUGGUUUAUACCGACCCACAACUGUUGACCGUGCUCUGCGGCUACUCGAGCAUGUCGCCUAUGCCGCUCGUCAAGAUCUUGUCGCGUGAGCGCCAGUUAAAUCAAGAAUUCCGUGAUAAUAUUCAAGCGAAAAUCGACAAGGCGGGAAUGGCCGAUUAUUUUAUUUGGACAGAACAAUCACCGGAAAGUUGCAAUGCUGCAGUGCGUCCGGCCACAGAAGCUGCUACAAUACUCGCCGUGUUGACACUUCUAUGGUGUCUGCUCCAAGGGAAUUGUCGUUAAUAGUGUGGAAUAUAUGCUUAUCUUGGGUACCGACUAAUUAGCUCAGUCAAUAUAUAUAAAUCAUAUAAAUAUAUGCCGAAGAAACAAUUUAAA